CUUUAUUUACUAUUCCUCAAAUUCAAAUAAAAAUUAAAAUUUUGAAAUUUAAUGGAAGAUAAAGAUUUUGAAACAGAAAAACGUCCUGCUUUUGGAAAUAGAUUUUUAACGGAUGAAAAUGAUGUUUUUAAACAUAAUGCAUGGUAGGGAAAUUUAUAUAAAAUGUAUUCGUAUAUUAAGUAGGUGGUAUUGCUAUGAGCACACAAGAUUUCGAAAAAAACCACCUGGUGGAACAAGAUUUCUUAAAGAUCCUAAGCAAAUUUUCAAUUUUAAUGCAUGGGACAAUGUUGAAUGGAAUGAAGAACAGGAACUGCAAGCUAAAUUGGCUAUUGAAAAGAAUUCUAAGAUAAAAUUUACAGAUGAAGAUAUUAAAAAAUUUGAAGAAGAUGCUGACAAAUAUUGGGAUCAAUUUUAUGAUAUUCAUGAUAACAAAUUUUUCAAAGAUAGACAUUGGUUAUUUACUGAAUUUCCUGAAUUGGCACCAAAAUUAGAUAAAGAAGAAGAAAAAAAUAUGAAACCUCGAAGUAUUUUUGAAUUAGGUUGUGGAGUCGGUAAUACAAUUUUACCAAUAUUGAGUUAUAGUAUGGAGAAAAACUUAAAAGUAUAUGGAUGUGAUUUUUCUUCGAAAGCUAUUGAUAUAUUGAAAGAACAUUCUAAUUUUGAUUCCGAAAGAGCAGAAGUAUUUGUAAUGGACGUGACAAAAGAAAAUUGGUCAGUACCAUUUGAAGAAUCAAGUAUCGAUAUAAUAAUUUUAAUAUUUGUUCUGUCAGCUAUAAAUCCAAGUAAAAUGGAAAAUGUUGCAAAAAAUUGUUCAAAAUACUUAAAGCCUGGCGGUAUGGUAAUAUUACGUGAUUAUGGAAGAUAUGAUUUGGCUCAGUUAAGAUUUAAAGAAGGAAAAUGUUUACAAGAUAAUUUUUAUGUUAGAGGUGAUGGUACAAGAGUAUAUUUUUUCACCCAAGAAGAAAUAAAACAACUAUUCGAAAAAGUUGGUUUAGUUGAGGAACAAAAUGUUAUAGAUAGAAGAUUACAAGUAAAUCGGAGUAGAUUACUUAAAAUGUAUCGUGUUUGGAUUCAAGCAAAAUAUAAAAAGCCUGCGUUAGAUUGUUCGACAUAAAUGAAAAGUUUUUGUUAUACUAUUUAAUGUUAAUUUGUAAUUUAUAAAGCUUUAAAAUCUCACUUUAAAAUCAUUUUUGAAUUUUGCAAUAAAAUGAGGAGUAAAAAUUUUUAACAUACAUAAUUAUGUAUAUUUAAAUAUCGAUGAAAACAAUAAGUCGAGCCAAUUAUAAGAAUAACUGAAAAUAACCUUAGAAAUCUUAAAAUAGGAUAUUUCCGUAGUCUUGCAAAACGCAUAAAAACAAUGUGUCAUUUCAUUAAUCUAUUUGAUAACAAACAUUCUAUAUUUGAAAUGAGUAGAGUAAUUUGUGCAAUAGGGCGCAGUAAAGAAUGUUAAAUAGAAUCAAAUAAGUAGUUACUUACAUUUUUUGAACUAAAAAAUGCAAAAAAUAUAAAAUGAGUUAAGUAAUAACCGGUCUAACUUAGAUAUACAUACAUAUAUUGUAAAUAAUAUAAUUAAGCACUACACUCACAAAUAAAUUUGCAAGUAUAAAACGAAAUUGGUUCUAAUAUACAAAAGUACGUUUUAAUAUGAGAGAACAAUAAAGUAAAGUUUUAAAAGAUAGAAAGUCUUCUUCAUAUGAGUAUGUUUUAUUGUAGAAAUAUCUACAAUAAAACAUACUUACCUAUGUUAUACCUAUAAUAUUCUGAUUUGAAGUUUAUCACUAUGGUCUUCAGCACUCAUAUCUAAUUAAGGUACAGCAACGAUCUAUAAUUUUCUUGUCCCAUCUGUUCUACUCUGAAAUGAAAUUUCUACAGGAGCAUAAUGUACCAAAUCAAUUAAACAACGGAAACUCUUUAAUGAAAAACUGAUAAAUAUUAAAAUUUCCUGAAUCGAAUAUUGUUACAAAAACUUAUUAACAAACUAUGUUAGGUACAUAUUUACAUUAAUAUAGCUAAUUAAAUUCUAACUUUA